AGGUCCCCUGCCUGAACUGGGGAGAGCCGAGCUGGCUUCCUGCUGGGGCCCAAUUAGAGGGGGAGCGUGGCCUCCCCGGGCGGGCCUCCAGGGCUGGGCUGAGAAUGGAUUAUUUCCCCAUGAUUUUCUCUCUGCUGCUGGUGGUUUUCCAAGGAGCUUCAGAAACAGCUGUCUUGGGUGCUGAGCUCAUCGCAGGGGCUGAAAGUGGAGGGGAGAGGUCCCCUCCCAACACAACCUUGAGGCCCCACCGGUCCAAGCGCUGCUCCUGCUCUUCCCUGAUGGAUAAGGAGUGUGUCUACUUCUGCCACCUGGACAUCAUCUGGGUCAACACUCCCGAGCGCAUUGUUCCAUAUGGACUCGGAAGCCCUUCUAGGUCCAAGAGAUCCUUGAAGGAUGUGUUUCCCAUAAAGGCAGCAGACCACGGGAACAGAUGCAAGUGUGCUAGCCAAAAAGACAAGAAGUGCCAGACCUUUUGCCAAGCAGGAAAAGCUCUCAGGGCCCAAGACACUAUGGAGAAGGCCUGGAAAAACCAUAAGAGAGGAAAAGGCUGUUCCAAACUUGACAAGAAGUGUAUCUAUCAGCAGCUGGUGGCGGGACUAAAAGUCAGAAGGUUGGAUGCCAUCAGAAACAGUAUCAAAACAUCUUUUCGUGUUGCAAAGCAAAAUGCAGAAUCUUCCAGAGAGAAGAAUGUGACCCACAACAGAACACACUGAUUACAAACCUCCUGGGCCUGUGUGAAGCCAUCGCCUCCAGGCGUCCUGUGGCUGGCCCUGCACCCCUGCCAUGCUGGCUGGGGUCAGAGCAAGAGAACCUUCCCUGCCUAGACCACUUCUACUCCAGACUGGCCAAGGACCAGCGUCCUCAUGCUGAACAUUCCAAGAAAGGUUAAAGUGUCCCCGACCUGUCUUCAUUCACUUCAUUGGUGGUAACUGCUUUUGCGUCUCUUGCCUUUGGGAAUGUCAAGGGACCCCAGAAAGCAGAGGCACAGUGACAUUCCAAUAGGGUGGCAUCCUCCGCAUGGAGGAAGGAGAUUCCACACCAGGGUGGAGUUUCUGAAGAAAGUCCUAAGGGAGCGUUUGUGUCUGACUCAGGAGCUUGGCACAUUUCAGGGAGAAACUCCAAAGUCCAUGCAAAGAUUUUCUAAGGAAUGAACAAAUUGAAAACACUCAAGGGACAAACACAGAGUAAAGAAGAAGAAGACGAAAAAAAAAAACAAAACACUGUGUUUUUGAGUCAUUAAAUGCAGAAGUGAAAGAAACUGUUACUA